AUGCCCUUUUCAGGGAAUUCCCCAUCAGAAGAGUCUGAGGAGCGCGACAAGGAGCCCCGGACCCUGACCUACCCAGCAUACAUCGCCAGCCUGCUGGACUCUGGUGCCAAGCGCAUGGCGGUGGGGGUGCGCAUGGACUGCAGCAGCCAGGGCCAGUGCCCGUACUCCUGCCACCUCUGCCACAUGAGCCCUGGGCCUGGGCGUCCAGCCGAGCCUGUCCUGCUCCAGAUGACUAAGGCCACCCCGCUCUAUGAGCUGGUCUCCAACAACGAGACCUACCAGGCACUGAAAACCUUGGUUUACUCUCUUUUUCACACAUUUUUGCAGACAUAGGGAAAUCUUCAUGAUCAGAGUGAAUUCCUAAAAGCGUAAAUAAACGAAAGUGAUACUGCCAAGAGCAGUGUGCACAUUGUUUUGUCUUUGAAGAUAUCAUCGAAUUAUUCCCAUGCACCUGCAACAAACAACCUCAGAUGUGCUUUUCAGAUUUUUUUAUUCAGAGCAUAAAAGAACAUUCACCACCAAUAAUUUGAUGUCAAUUUAUACAUUUAAUCAUGCAGUGAGAGUACCACAGCAAAACACAUAGGCUAGAUGUUUGGCAAUGGCGGUCGCAAAAUGUGCUGCUCUCCGACAUGAAAAUGUUGAGAAAUUGUGUGGUGUAUGCCUACAUCAGUAUGUCAGACUGUGAUAAGAUAAGCUAGAGCAGUGGUUCUCAACUGGUUUUGCCUCGGGACCCAAAUUGAACCAGGUUGUCUCAGUCGCAACCCAAUAUUCGCAUCAUGAAACCCCCCCGCAAAAAUACAAUCUGGAAAACUAUUUUUAAUGCUUUAUUGAUAGUAAAUGUAGCAAUUAUAUGACAAUGUAAAAUAGGAAAUAAUUCAAUUUUGCCCAUACUCUUGAUUAAGAAUGUUAGGAAGCUCACUGGUUUGAGACCACAACAUCAACCAAAUCCGCUAAAUAGCGCUGCUAAUAGCUCUAUAUUGAUAUACUGUGAUACAUUUUUUUUUUUUAGAUACUAUAUUAUUUCAUCACUUUCUACCAGGAUUUAGUCGUUUAAGUAUUUUUUCAUUAAAGAAAAACCGACACCGCAACCCAUUCAAAACCUCUGAUCCACCAGUUAAGAAUCGCUGAACUAGGGGAUGACUGCAUGACCCACUAGAGGGGCAGAUGAUAUUGAUGCCAAGGCUCAGGUUGUGUAUGAUAUUGACAGUGUUUGUUCCAUCUUUCUGUCUCUUUGCAGGCACUGCAGGAGGCCAUGAUGAGCAUGCUGUGGUGUUCUGGGAAAGGUGACGUCAUCGAUGACUGGUGCCGUUGCGACUCGAACGCAUUUGGGACGGACGGCCUGCCAACAUGUGCCCCUCUCCCCCAGCCUAGGUUAGUCACGCAAAACAAUCCGUUUACGCAACUUGAUAAACACAAAUAAGAUUGUAUGUAUCGAUAUCUAAAGAUGAGCUUGUCUUCUCAUGAGUUAGUUAGGUGUCACUCUCUUUAUUUUAUCUAUCAGGCUCAGGUUGUCCCACUCCUAUGAGCCCAGCAGUUCGUUGGUCAUCAUGGAAUGGAAUCACACUGAGCCACUAAUCGGGGUGCGGAUCGUUGAUUACCUCAUCAGCCAGGAGAAGGUGACAGAGAGGACAGACCACUCUAAAGUGGAGACAGGUACAUUCCUUCUCUGUUUCAGUUGAGGAAUUAUGGUAUUUAUUUUAAUUUCAUACAGCAUGUCCAUGUUUAAAUUCACAAACAGCUGUGUAUGGUUACUUAAUGUAGUGGCAAGGCAAGGCAACUUCAAACUACAUGUUACCACAGCAAAUUCCAGAUGCUUAUAAUGAUUUACAUUUUUCCUGUUGUAGUUUUGCAUGUAACCACAAGAUGGUGGUCAAAGGUAAUAGUAGUGUGGUCUACAUUUUCGAUUUCUAGAGUUAACAAUUACUAAAUGCAAAGUUAUGGAGUGCAUCACACAUGUUCUAGUGUUAAAUCUUUAUCUGAAUGUCUCUUCAUCACACAAAGAGUUAAGCCUCACCUACAGUAUAUCAGUCUUGAACAGAGUAUACCGUGGUCAUAUAAUUAUGUCCAUUCUAGAUUGGACCACCACCAGUUAGUAAACUAUCGUGUCCCAUUCCAGCAGGACUUUCUGGAUGAGUGCCUUUCUAGCCAGGGAUAAGGGGACUGCUUCCACACAGGUCCUAUGGGCUUUGCUACUGUAAUUACCGGCAUUGACUGGCUGUUUUACCACCAGUCUGGCUGGGGGUCUCCUGUGGAGUUUCAACCUGUAUUCCAAUAAAUGGCCUUUCAGCCUGCCCUGGAUUCACUUAGAACACCCAAUUCCUGAAGGUUUUUAAGCUUGAAAUAGGUUGCUUUUCUGACAAACAUAUGAUGAGAAAAAAUGUUUACCAAUGAAACUGAAGUGGAAUGAUUGGUGGAUUGAUUGAUUGCUUCAAAGCACACACCUUGAAUGUUAAACAUAGGUGGUGGAAUGGAGCUAUGCAGACAGUACAGAUCUGGGACCACCUAGGAGAAGGGGAAAGAUAUCUGGAAGGAACAUUGUCGGGAGGAGUGGUUCUGAUUUAAGCAUUCAGUCUCCUGUCAGAUUAAACCCCCCCAAAAUAAUGUGGUGAAUAACCUUCAGAUGAACGUACUAGAACUCCAGUGAUCCUCUCUGGGCCUCUUCUCUCUGGAAAUGCUCUCCAUUUUAUCUCACAGAUCCAGGCUUCUUUUAUCCAGGCAUCUAA